GGUUGGCAUAGAAACCGUCAUGUGACUAGUCAGCUUCAGAAGCAAAAUGGACGCCAAUCAGAUGUGACGUAUUAAAAUCCAAGAUCAUCCAACAGCAGUUGAAAAUCGAUCAAAUCUGUAAAUAGAAAUGACUGAGCAGUAUUAUUAUUGAUUUACAAGAUGAUUAAUAAAGACCUGGAUGUGGACAGUAUAGUGGAGCAACUUCUUUCCAUUAAGGAAUCUCCAAACAAGCAGGUUCAGUUGCCAGAAACUCAAAUAAGACAAUUAUGCCAGUUAUCAAGGGAAUUGUUUUUGGAGCAGCCGAUGAUUGUAGAAGUUGCCUCCCCUGUUAAUAUUGUUGGUGAUAUACAUGGACAGUAUGAAGAUAUGUUAAGACACUUUGAUAAGUGUGGUUACCCACCAGAUGCUAAUUACUUAUUUUUAGGGGAUUAUGUGGACAGAGGAAAAAGGUCGCUAGAAACUAUAUGUUUACUCCUGGCUUAUAAAAUUAAGUACCCUAAAAAUUUCUUCUUGCUGAGGGGUAAUCAUGAAUGUGCAUCAAUUAACAGAAUAUAUGGGUUUUAUGAUGAAUGUAAAAGAAGAUACAACAUAAAAUUAUGGAAGACAUUUACAGAUUGUUUUAACUGUUUGCCUAUAGCUGCUGUAGUGGAAGACACAAUAUUUUGUAUGCAUGGAGGCUUGUCUCCAGAUCUAAAAGAGAUGUCUCAAUUGAAUAAAUUGGAAAGACCAUUGGAUGUUCCUGACCAUGGUUUGAUAUGUGAUCUUUUAUGGGCAGAUCCAGAUGAGGAUAUAACAGGAUGGGGAGAAAAUGACAGAGGAGUGUCCUACACCUUUGGUGGUGAUGUAGUGUUAGAUUUCCUGAAUAAGCAUGACUUAACAUUAAUAGCAAGGGCACAUCAGGUUGUAGAAGAUGGAUAUCAAUUUUUCCAGAAAAGAAGUCUACUGACUUUAUUUAGUGCACCUAACUAUUGUGGAGAAUUUGACAAUGCUGGUGCAGUAUUGGUAGUUUCAGAAGAUUUAACAUGUUCUUUUCAAAUUUUACCACCAAGUAAAGAAAAGAAGGUUAUUGUCAAGAAGAAGUAGUAUUUUGAUGUUAAUAAUACAGACACAGAUAAUGGAUAGAAAAAACUAAUGUUAAAUUAAAUUAUUAGAUUGUUUUCAUUGUGCUUCUCACUGGACUAUGUGUAAAUUUUAAAUACAUGCUUGUACUGUUUUAUACAUGUGCUUUGUCCUAUAGGUAGAAGUUAUUUCCCCCUUGAACACUGUACAUCAUAAUCUGCAGAUCCACAAAAUAAGAAUGGUCAGUGAAAUUUUUAUUCCACAAAGAAUAUAAAUAGCCAUCCACCCAGCCUGCAUUUGUCAUAUUUUUUUAUUACUUUUUAAACUCACCUUGACCUCAUUUUCUUAUUGAUUAAAUGUGAUAUUUUCCAGAUAAGGUUCAUUUCUAAGUUACAAUUUCUAAGUUACAAUAAUUAUUCAGUCAAAAUAUAUUUUUUUUAUAGAAUAACAAGGAUGUAAAAUGUCCUUAAAGAAAUUCUAUUUCAUUAUUCAUAAAUAUGUAAUUUAAUCUUUUUUAACAUAUAAAGUCAAUAUUAAUUUGACAGACAAGACAUUUGACCACUCCUAUUGUUAAUGUAAGUUACCUCUUUUAACAAACAUUCUAAGGAAAUCAAUAUUUAAUCAUUCUUGUGAAUCAAUUUUAAAAUAUGUGUUAAUCAGACUGCUUUGAAAUAUCUAAAAAAUAUAUUGUUACAAUAUGUGUUAAUCAGACUGCUUUGAAAUAUCUAAAAAAAUAUAUUGUUCUGCACUGCAUAACCUCUUUUUCAUUUUUCUUGAGUGGUGGUAGAUGUAAUAUGAAACAAUUUUAAGUUUGAUCUAUUUGUUACAGCAUUGAACUUUAUACGUUUAUAUACAUGACAGUUUUUACAUUUUUGUUGUUUUUUGUUUUUAUUAUAGUAUGCAUAUUUUGACUAAAGGAUACUCAUUUUACUAGCAAUUUAUUUGUCAUGUGAAAACAUUGAGAAACAACAAUCGAUUUCAGAUGCUUUAGUGUUUUCCCAUAUAAAUUAACCCAAACCCAAACUAAUUGUUAUUGAGUAAAAAUUUAAGAUGCUUCAUUUCAGCUGUUUAAAAACUUUAUAUACUAUGUUACUUGAAAUUGAUGGUCUUAAACCUGUCUAAGAAUAACUAGUAUGAUAAUAGCUGAAUAUUGUACCUUGGUGUUUGCAAAGAGAUCUAUUUGAAAUAUUUGAUACUUUACAAUGUAAAAUAUAACUUACAGCAUUUUAUAAUUUGUUUAGCCAACCAUUCUUAGAAGCACUGGUAAAUGAAUAAUUACUGAUUGCAACAAAAUCAAGUUUAGGUUUUCAAAUUAUAUAUUCUGGUACAAAAAUUCCGUACAAGAUUUUUUUUAAACUAAACUAUAUAACAUGAAAAAUUUCCCAUCAAGUCUUAUUUAAUGCUAAAAAUGUCUGUUAAAAUGUUAUUGAAGUAAAACAAAACUUUCUCAAGUUAUUCUUUGUGCUAUAAAUUGUUAUUUCUUGUUACUAAAGUGUUUAGAUAGAAA